AUGAAACAUAGCAUGACGCGAUAUUUCAAACGUUCACAUCUCAGGUUUGACGUUUACACAACUCUUCGACAUUACUGUGGUUUUGCUCGAAAUGAUGACGACUUUGUUGACCGUUUAUCACGCUAUUAUUCCGUGCUUAUAUUUACUGUUUUUGUUAUCAUCGUCUCUUCUGUUCAGUUCGUAGGCAAACCUAUUUCAUGCUUCACUCCGGCAUCGUUUACUGAUGCUCAUAUAACCUACGCUGAUUUUGUUUGUUGGAUAUCGGACACUUAUUAUAUUUCUAUCGACGCCGAACUUCCUGAUCCGGACGAUCUUGCUGCACGCGAAGGUACAAAUGCUGUUCGUUUCUAUCAGUAUGUUCCGUUUAUCUUAUUGUUACAAGCAUUCGGUUUCUUUUUACCUGGAUUUCUGUGGCGUAGUGGAUCGUUUCGUCUUGGUAUUUGCUUACAAAAACAUUUAGAUCAGUUAGAGAUAAGUCGCCGCUCACUUACCGAACAUCCAGGUUAUCGUCGGCAACUGAUUCGAAAUGUUGCCACACGUCUCGAUCAAUAUUUUCGCAUGCGUAGUCGUUCGUUAAUACCAAAACUAACAUUUCUUUAUUUAUUAAUUAAAAUCUUCUACAUUCUCAAUAUUCUCAUUCAAUUCAGUUGUUUACACUAUUUGAUGAAUUUCGAUUUCACAUUCGAGUCGUUGUUUCAACGUUUAAUUAUCUAUACCUCGACAGUACGUCCUACAUCUUUACAAUUUCCAACCAAUGUCUUGUGUGAUUUCAUCGUUCGCUUUCUCGGAAAGAACAAACAUCGACAUACUGUUCAAUGCGUCCUUCCAAUCAAUGUAUUUAACGAAAAGAUCUUUCUAUUCGCGUAUAUCUGGCUGAUUUUUCUCUUAGUCUGCACAAGUUAUAAUCUGGUGAUUCAAUGGAUAUGUUUUAUUGUAUUUUAUCGUCGCGUCAAAGAUACGCGCGGUCGACGAUUGCGUCGCGUUUCAUCCAAACAUUAUCUUGAUGAGAUAUUUGAAGAAAAUCAAAUCGUACAUCGUAGUGAUUAUCAACCGAUCACGAAAAAUUUCAGUCAACGAUAUCUACGUUGUGACGGAGUCGUUAUUAUGAGAUUAUUCGAUAUGAAUGUCGAUCUUGUUACAAUGAACGAUUUAAUGAAUGAUCUAUGGGAAUUGUAUAAAGUGGAUCCUGUAUGA